GAUAAAUAUUAUAAGUAGCUAAAAAAUGGAUAUGUCCCUGUGAAUUGACACCUGAAUUAUUAAUCUUUAUAAUAACAAAGAGAUCACAGGGAAAUGGAAACGGGGCACAAAAACGGGUCGGAGCUUCCUUUGUGGUGAAAUUCAUCGGUUUAGAGCAAAUUCAGAUUCAAAUGUCAAUUCACAGUUGAUACAACCCAAAUCUAGCGCAAAAAUUCGACCUAUUUAUGGCUCGAAGACUUCAAAUGCAGCACCAUAUUGAACAAUUCACCUUACUGAGCAGCAACGCAUUGUGGAAUUGAGUGUCUUUAGUGGUCUGUCAUCAUGGGUGAACCGGGAAAGCAUAGAAUCUUAAUGGUCUCUGAUUUUUUCUACCCCAAUUUUGGUGGUGUGGAGAAUCACAUAUACUAUCUAUCACAAUGCUUGAUUAAGGAAGGCCACAAGGUGGUAGUUAUGACUCAUGCUUAUCAGAAUCGUUCUGGUGUAAGAUAUAUGACAAAUGGCCUGAAAGUUUAUUAUGUCCCGUGGAAGCCAUUUCUCAUGCAAAACACGUUGCCGACCUUCUUUGGGACGCUUCCAAUUACUAGGACAAUUCUGAUUAGGGAAAAAAUAUCGCUGGUACAUGGACAUCAAGCGUUCUCAACCUUAUGUCACGAAGCUCUAAUGCACGCUCGCACCAUGGGUUACAAAGUUGUAUUUACUGAUCAUUCUCUCUAUGGCUUCGCGGAUGUUGGAAGCAUUCACAUGAAUAAGGUACUACAAUUUACACUAGCUGAUGUGACUCAGGCUAUCUGUGUUUCUCAUACAAGCAAAGAGAAUACGGUUUUAAGGUCUGGUUUGCCGCCUGAAAAGGUUUAUGUUAUUCCGAAUGCUGUGGACACGGCCAUGUUUAAGCCUGCUCCUGAGCGACUCAACAGGGAUGAAAUUGUUAUUGUUGUGUUAAGUAGAUUAGUUUAUAGGAAAGGAGCGGAUUUACUUGUUGAAGUUAUCCCUGAAGUAUGUCGUUUGCAUCCCAAUGUUCGGUUCAUUGUUGGAGGGGAUGGACCAAAACGAGUGCGUUUGGAAGAAAUGAGGGAAAAACACUCUCUUCAAGACCGAGUUGAUAUGUUGGGUGCUGUCCCUCAUGCUAAAGUACGGUCUGUACUAAUAACUGGCCAUAUAUUUUUGAACAGUUCUUUAACAGAAGCAUUUUGCAUAGCUAUAUUGGAAGCUGCAAGUUGCGGAUUAUUAACAGUCAGUACACGUGUAGGAGGUGUUCCCGAGGUGCUUCCAGAUGAUAUGGUUGUUUUGGCUGCGCCAGAUCCUACAACUAUGGUGCACGCAAUCACAAGGGCUAUACAUAUGCUUCCCCAGAUUGAUCCACAAGAUAUGCACAAUCGUAUGAAAAAGCUUUACAGUUGGCCUGAUGUAGCCAGGAGGACAGAAAUUGUAUACAACCGUGCUUUGAAAUGCUCCAAUCCACCUUUGCUAGAUCGAUUGUCAAGGUACCUUACAUGUGGCACUUGGGCAGGGAAAAUAUUUUGCAUAGUUAUGAUAGUAGAUUUUUUGCUCUGGCGUCUCUUGCAACUAUGGCAGCCUGACAAGGAUGUCGAGGCGGUACCUGAUAUUCAACUUCAAAAUUCUCAACACGAGGAGACACCAUUUGGUUCCAGUAUGGAAGAAAGCUUAUGAUUUCCGGUGCUUUACCCAUUGGUGCAGCUCAAGUCUUUUCAGGGGCCUAUCAAAAAUGUUAAAAUGCUCAGUACCUGCUUUCGGGACGGUUCUGUUACUACAGAUUUUAGUCAAUUGUUACUAAUACAGUUCCUUUGACAUCAGAUGGAG